AAAGCACUUGAUGCUUGAUACACAUUACUGUUACAUAAACUUCAAAAUACUAAAGUGAUGAAAAUAUUCGCAAUUUCUUUCCUCAUUUUUUAUUUUCAAUUAAUUAAUUCGAACGCAAAUGGAGCACCAUAUCAAGAAAAUUGUUUAAGUAUUGUGUUAAAAGAUGGAUGUCCGAAUAAAAAGGUAACUUUUUGGCUAUACAAUAAAAACGCACAGGAUUAUUUAUUAGACGAAUUUAAUGCAACAAGUAUUUCUAACGCUCCUUGGGUUCCAAAUACUAAAACCGUUUUAAUUUUACAUGGUUAUGCUAAAAACAAAUCAGUAGAACCCAAUAUGUGGCUAAGACCUGAAUAUAUGAUAAAACGCUAUAAUAUAAUCUCCGCUGAUUAUCCGAAAGCUGUACCAGCUCCUUGUGAGGUGCAAUCAGCGGAAAAUGUUCGUAAAAUUGGAAAAUGUACCGCUGUUUUUAUAGAAACACUUUUAAGCAAAACCAACGGUACAGUCGAAUUAAAUAAAUUACUUGUAGUCGGGUCUAACCUAGGCACACAUGUUGCUGGAAAGGCGGGAAGUGAAUUAAAAAAAAAGAAGAUUACUUUAAAUAGAAUAGUGGGUCUUGAUCCACCGUUUACUUUAUUGCACGGCCCAUUAAGUUUAAUAACUAAGAAUUCAGCAAACUUCGUUAUGAUAAUCCAUACAAAUAGGUUUGAUCUUGGAAAUGUAGAAUUUACUGGUCACGUUGAUUUUGUUGUUAAUUAUGGUUCCUUUCAACAAUAUUGCCUUGAAGAAACAGGUCCAGUAGUGUGUAAUGAUAUGGCAUCACGGUAUUAUGCGGAAUCAAUUAAUUCCAAAAUGUUCUUUUGUGGGGUAUCUUUAGAUAGAAAGAAAUAUGCUAUAAUGGGAGAAAAUACUCCAGAUGGGACGACUGGAGUUUAUUCUGUAAUAACUAAUCCUACUGCACCAUUUGCUAUGGAUUCUACUUGUCCUUCAACAUAAGUUGUAUGAUUUUGUAAUAUUUAUACAAAUAAAUAUAUUUUGUUUUGAAUUUAAACAUA